AUGGAAGGUCCUCCUGGUGAUUUAAAGCACUUGUUUAUAGAGUGGCUUCAGGAAGCCGCUAUAAAUGCUACAAAAAAGGGCACAAAAGCUGCCUUAUUGUAUAAUAAAUCACUAAGUAGUGUUAGAAAUUACCCGCUGCCAAUAAAUGAUCCCAAAACAUUGAAGCUGGUGCAGUUCGUGGGAGACAAGACAUGUGUCUACUUAACAAAAAAACUCGAAGAAUAUUGCAAAUCAAAUAACUUUGAACUCCCAGUGGCAUUCGGAGGUGUAAAUAAUGGAGGUGCAGGUGAAAAACGAAAAUACGAAGUAGUAGAUACAUCAGACUUGGUUGGGGCCAAACCUAAAAAACAAAGAAAACAAAAGCAGUACAUACCUAGGAAAAGAUCUGGCGGAUACGCCAUACUAUUGGCGCUAUAUUUCGGGGAUAAAAGGAAAAGUGGUUUAACCAAGGAAGAGAUAAUUCAGCGUGCAACUCCAUACUCAGAUAAAUCAUUUAAAUCGAAUCCUUCGGCGAACGAAUUUUAUUCAGCAUGGAGUUCUAUAAAAAGCUUACAAGCGCAUGAUUUGGUUGACUCCUCUGGUAGAAGCUCUAAAUCGUAUUUUCUCACGGAGGAAGGGUAUGAACUUGCAAAACAACUAAAGGUUACGGAAGGGUUCGAGUCGUCGCCAAUUGCAAACAAUAUUGCUGAUUUAUCUUUUGAUAAUCAAGUAAGAGUAACUCCAGAUAGUUCGUAUUCCAAAUUAAGUCAACAAUUGGAUAGUUCGCCAUUAAAGAAUAACAAAGAUAAAUCUGCCUUCAAUCACAAACGGUUUAGCUCCACACGGGAACGCAUGGUAGACUUUUCUCUGUCCCCACGUUUAAUUUCCUCUCCAUUAAAACCCAAAGAUUUGCCUCUUAGGGAAAGCCCAGCAUCAUAUAACACUUCACAACCACUACAAGCGAGGGAGUGGGCAGAGGACCCAAAUCAACCAUUGCAAGAAAGAAAGGUGACUUCAAAAGAUGACGAUCAAAACAAUAUUAAAAAGCAUGUAAGAUUAGUACAUGAUGCCUCAAAUAGGGUCUAUGAUGGCACAAAAUACGAUAUAUGGGUCCCGGGCGAGUAUGAUAUUAUUUUAAUUAUAGAUAAUAGAGAGAUAAGAUCACAGAGAGAUCGUGAUUUCUUUCAGACACGUUUGACUAGUCUUAAGAUUGAAUGCGAUGUAAGGCCAUUAUCAGUAGGAGAUGUAGUAUGGAUAGCAAAACACAAAAAGACUAGGAAAGAGGUGAUUCUAAAUUACAUAUGUGAAAGAAAAAGGUUAGAUGACCUUGUGUCAUCCAUUAAAGAUGGAAGAUUUCAAGAACAGAAAAAUAGAUUGAAGAAAUCUGGAAUGAAACAGCUCUAUUAUUUGGUAGAGGACGUUGCGACAAGUGAAAUGAAUAAAUUUGGUGAUAUGACGGACGCAAUACAGACUGCUAUGUCUAUGACAAUGACGAUUUCCAAUUUUUAUUUGAAAAGAUUCAAAUCUAUCGAAGAUACAAUUGCAUUCCUCGCGUCUCUAACCCAAGUAAUUAAAGAUCAAUUUGCAAAGAAUAAGACGAACCUUUUGGUUCUCAAGGCCAGAUCAAUAAAGAACCAAGCGGAAUACAGUCAGUUGAUUGUAAAAUUCAAAGACAAUUUCGAAAACAGACGUACACUGUAUGAAUGUGUACAUUUAUUUUCCACCUUCCAAGAUUCUAUGGGAAAGACUGGUAUGAUGACCGUAAAAGAAAUCUUCAUAUUGAUGUUAAUGGGAAUCAGAGGCGUUUCGUUAGAAAGAGCCAUAGCAAUUCAAAAUCAUUUUAAAACUCCCAAGAAGCUCAUAGAAUUUUAUUUCAUCGAGAACAAUCAUCUUAGUGAGCUAGAGAAGAAACAGCUAAUGAUGAACGUUUUCAAAAACGAAAUAGGUAACAAAAAGAUUGGAAAAGUAUUACUGGAAAAGAUUUACGAUGUUUGGGGAUGUAGCUAA